UUUCAUGCGACAGUGACUGAACAUGGCUCUACACAUAGCAUUCUUCCAGCUAUGUGUUGCUAUUAUUGCACUGCCCAUACACAUUCUUGCAGUGUUGGGUCUGUGGAGUCCUAUAGCUAAGAAGGCAAUGCCUUACCUUCUGGAGAGAGUCACCAGGACAUACAACAAAUACAUGAGAAACUACAAGGAAGAACUAUUCAGCAACCUGAAUGAUUUCAAAGGACCUUCUGGAGAUCUGAAAGUACUAGAGCUUGGCUGUGGCACAGGAGCAAACUUCCAGUUCUAUCCUUCAGGAUGCAAAGUGACCUGUGUGGACCCUAACCCUAACUUCAAGUCGUUUUUAAGCAAGAGUCUGGCUGAGAAUGAGAAUGUCCAUUUCCAGGAUUUUCUGGUUGCCCCAGGCGAGAAUAUGCACCAAGUAGCCAGCGGUUCUAUGGAUGUGGUCAUCUGUACAUUGGUACUUUGCUCUGUGGAGAAUAUUGAUGCCAUCCUGGCAGAAAUUCAUAGGGUCCUGAGGCCUGGUGGAGCAUUUUAUUUCUUGGAGCAUGUAACUGCAGAUCCUUCCUCGUGGAGAUAUUUUAUCCAGAUAAUCUUAGAUCCAACUUGGAAACACAUAGGAGAUGGAUGUAAACUUACAAAGCAAACAUGGAAAUACCUGGAAAGAACAAAAUUUUCUGAUGUUAAAUAUAAACAUGUUUUAGCACCAUUUAAAUGGAGCCCAGUUCGAGACCAUAUUUUUGGUUAUGCAUUAAAAUAAAUGUGAUUAAAAGGUGUUUCCAUCUAUAUUUUGCUUGCUAUAAAAAAAAUCUAAUAGUUUCUGUAAUUGGUUGUGAAUAAAAAUGUGCUAUUGUUUGG